AUGAGUACACAUCAUAGUCACUCUGAUAUAGAGUCUAUAAACUCACAGGCUCAACUGGAUCAAGCGCCUCAAGCUUAUGUCCCAGAAGAUAAUCAAGACGCUGUGUCGGAAUUGAGUUCGUUUGCAUCAAGAACAACUACAAAUAACAAUGUCAGAUUAGUUCCAACUGAAACUGUCAAAUCUUUACAAGAUAUGGGUGUUCAAAGUGAUGCUCCAAUCCCAGACGUUAAUGCUCCUCAAAGUGUUAAAAAUGCCAUUUUCCCAGAAGAAUAUACUUUGGAAACUUCAACUGGGUUAGUUCCAGUGGCUACUUUACAAUCAAUUGGUAGAACUGGUACUCAAGUAUCAAGAACAAGAACUGCUCAUUUAGCAAGAAGAUCAACACAUAUUGAUGAUCAAGAAGAUGAAUCCUCAUCAAACACCAAUGUGGAGAAAAAAGAAGGUGAAGAAACUCCUGGGUCUGAUGAAAUUGAUCCAGAAAUAGAAUUUGUUACAUUCGUCACUAAUGAUCCUGAAAACCCUCAUAAUUGGCCAUUAUGGUUGAGAUGGGUUUAUACUGUUAAUUUAUCAAUCUUGGUUAUUGCUGUUGCAUUUGGUUCUUCUUGUGUUACCGGUGGAUUAGGUUUAAUUAAUGACAAAUUUCAUGUUUCUUUAGAAGUUUCAAUUUUAACUUGUUCAUUAAUGGUUUUCGGUUUUUCAUUAGGUCCUUUAUUAUGGUCUCCAUUAUCUGAACAAAUUGGUAGACAACCUGUUUACUUCAUUUCAUUACUACUUUACGUCAUUUUCAACAUUCCUUGUGCUGUUGCUAAAAACAUUGGUACAUUAUUGGUUUGUAGAUUCUUAUGUGGUGUUUGGGCAAGUUCAGGUUUAUGUCUAGUUGGUGGUUCAAUUGCUGAUAUGUUCCCAACUGAAACUAGAGGUACUGCUAUUGCAAUGUUUAGUUUUGCUCCUUAUUGUGGUCCUGUUUUCGGUCCUUUAAUUUGUGGUUGGAUUAAUGUUAAAACUGGUAGAUUUGAUGUUAUCAUUUGGGUUAAUUUAGCAUUUGCUGGGUUCAUGUGGAUCACUGCAACUUUAGUCCCUGAAACUUAUGCUCCAGUCAUUUUGAAAAGAAAAGCUAAAAGAUUAAGAAAAGAAACUGGUAAUCCUAAAAUUAUGACAGAACAAGAAGCUCAAGGAUUAUCAUUCAAAGAAAUUGUUCAAUCAUGUUUGGUUAGACCAUUAUAUUUUGUUAUAUCUGAACCAGUUUUAGAUUUGGUUUGUUUCUACGUUUGUUUGAUUUAUGCUUUAUUAUAUGCCUUUUUCUUUGCUUAUCCAGUUAUUUUCUCUGAAUUAUAUGGUUAUAAUGAUGCUUACAUUGGGCUAAUGAUGAUUCCUAUCUUGAUUGGUGCUGUUUUAGCCUUGGUUGUUACACCAAUUAUUGAACGUCAAUAUGUUAAAACCGCUCAUAAAAGAAAAAUGACACCUGAAGAUAGAUUAGUUGGUGGUAUGAUUGGUGCUCCUUUCGCUGCCAUUGCCCUUUGGAUCUUGGGUGCUACUUCUUACAAACAUAUCAUUUGGGUUGGUCCAGCUUCUUCAGGUUUAGCUUUUGGAUUCGGUAUGGUUUUGAUUUAUUAUUCAUUAAAUAACUAUAUCAUUGAUUGUUAUGCUAUUUAUGCCUCAUCUGCUUUAGCUACCAAAGUUUUCUUAAGAAGUGCUGGUGGUGGUGCAUUCCCAUUAUUCACUACUCAAAUGUAUCAUAAAUUGGGUUUACAGUGGGCUAGUUGGUUAUUAGCAUUCAUUUCAACUGCAAUGGUUUUGAUUCCAUAUGCAUUUUACUUCUAUGGUAAAACCCUAAGAGGUAAAUUAUCUAAAAAGAACUAUUCUUUGGAUGAAACUGCUUAAAGAGAGUUUAAUCAUUCAUUUUAAAUCAACCAAGUCAAUACAAUACAACAAAUCAAAGUCAUAAAGUUCCAGUUUAAUAUAAACACACAAAGAGCUAGGAACUUCAUAAUUUAGUCAUUCAUAAUCAUACAAAAAGGUGAUGAUACCUUUUUCAGUUAAUAAUAUAGAGUAUGGUUUUAAUUAUAAUAUCAAAAACUUAAUAACUAUAAAUCUUAAGUGUAGUUUUCAUGGAUCUAAAAUUCACGAAAUUACGAUUUCUUUGAUGCAAUCCAUAUCAGUUCCGAAUUUGGAAGCUUCUUUCCCUUUUCGGACAAAUUUCAACACCAGCGAAUUUCAUUGAGAGAAAACACAAUUGAAAGGUGGAUUACUUUGAUUCUUGACUUUUGCAAUUCACCAACCAUUG